CCCGACCAUGGCGAGUCGCCGCCGGGCCCCGCGCCGGAGCGGCGGGGGGGCGCUGAGCCGGCCCCGCGCCCCGGCCCCGGCGGACCCUCCGCGCCGCCCCCCGUGUCCCGUGCUAUGAGCGGCUUCGGCGUGACUUCUCCGCAAGCAGCUGCAAAUGAAAAUGGAGGAUAUGUCUUUGUCUGGCCUGGAUAACAGCAAACUGGAGGCCAUCGCACACGAGAUCUACACGGAGCUGGUGGAGGAUGCCUGCCUGGGGCUGUGCUUCGAGGUGCACCGGGCUGUCAAGUGCGGCUACUUCUUCCUGGAUGACACGGACCCCGACAGCAUGAAGGACUUUGAGAUCGUGGACCAGCCGGGCGUGGACAUCUUCGGGCAGGUGUACAACCAGUGGAAGAACAAGGAGUGCGUGUGCCCCAACUGCAGCCGCAGCAUCGCCGCCUCGCGCUUCGCCCCACACCUGGAGAAGUGCCUGGGCAUGGGCCGCAACAGCAGCCGCAUCGCCAACCGCAGGAUCGCGAGCAGCAACAACCUGAACAAGUCAGAGAGUGACCAGGAGGACAACGAUGACAUCAAUGACAAUGACUGGUCCUAUGGCUCUGAGAAGAAAGCAAAGAAGAGGAAGUCGGAUAAGGUGAGGGGUGCAGGGAAGGGUGGGGGGCGCGGGGAGGACACAGGACACUCCAACACCCCCCUCUCGUUGCAGAACCCCAACUCGCCCCGCAGGUCCAAGUCCCUGAAACACAAAAAUGGCGAGAUUGGCGGGAACCCCGAUCCCUUCAAGUACAGCAACUCAGCUGGCAUCAACUACGAGACGCUGGGCCCCGAGGAGCUGCGGACGCUGCUCACCACGCAAUGCGGGGUCAUCUCCGAACACACCAAGAAGAUGUGCACCAGGUCCCUGCGGUGUCCCCAGCACACGGAUGAGCAGCGCAGGGCAGUCCGGGUUUACCUCCUCGGGCCCUCCGCGUCCCUGCCCGAGGCCGAGGGCGGCGUGGAGAACGACAGCUUCGAGGUGGCCGAGAGCCAGGCCCUGAUGAGCCGCCUGCAGUGGGACGGCUCCUCCGACAUCUCCCCCUCCGACUCAGCCUCCUCCAAAGCCAGUACAAACAACUCCGAGUCCCGCAAGACCAAGAAGAAGAAGCCUCACCUGGGGCUGGUGAGCGGCGCCCCAGGGCUCGGCUCCAGCAAGAAGAAGAAGCCCAAGCCCCCCGCCCCCCACACCCCCAGCAUCUACGACGACAUCAACAACUGAGCCCCGCCGAGCUGGGGAGGGGCAGGACGGACAGAGGGACGGACAGGGGCCAGGACAGCCCCCAGACACAACGUGGGUACCGGGGCACAGAGGACUCAGCUGGAGUGGGGCUGGAUUUGGGGAGCCCCCGUUAGUGCCCCCCUUCCUCCCCCCUGCCCCGGUGCCUCUAUUUAUUCUGUGACAGUUUUUGUACCUGGGGCUCCUGUCGGGGGUCACCCUCAGACAUGGGGGUACAGCCCCCCCUUCCCUCCCUCCCAGCACCCCCAAAGCCAGCUGUGCCCCCCCCACACCCACUCCUCACUCACCCCAGUGGGGUGGGGGGCACCUGGACACCCUGGGCAGGUCCAGGCCUGGGUCAGGGGGUUGUGAAUCCCCCCCGCCCUGGGCUGGCACUCGCCGGUCGGGCUGGCUCAGGAGAGGGGGUCACACUGGAGGGGGCAUUUCCCACCCAGAGGACAAGGGAGGACCCUCUCACCCCCAGAUCUGUUCAGCUGUGCCUGCAUUCGGCUGUUGGGGGUCUCGAGGGCCUGGCAGUGCCCACACAGGGGGUCACAGGGGGCUGCAUGCUGCAUCCUUCAUGUUUGGGGCUGUUCGGGAGUGGGUCUGGGGGUGGGGGGAGCUGCUGCGACCAUCCCUGUGCCAAACUGUUUGGGGAGGGGGGACCCCAGCCUGGCAGGGACGUCCGGGGUGGAGCUGGGAAUGGAGCAGAACUGGGGGGGAAGCCCAGCCCAGCUUCAGUGCAGAGCCCCCCACUCCUGGUGUCCCCAGGGCAGCUCUGCUUGACCUCCACGCGUGCCUGGGGACCUGCUGCUGCAGUCGGGGGGUCAGUGGGGACCCCCACAGAUCUGGCAGGUGUUUGCACCCCCACAGGCUCUGCUUUUGUUUGGGGGGGCCGGGACCAGCGCCCCGCUGUGCGGGCCGGGGGGGGACAGGUCCCUCUGGCUGGAUCCAGCUCACCCCUGCCCUGAUAUCCCCUCCCUGCAGCUUUUCUCCAUCACAGGGGCUCUGCUGGGGACAGGGUUGGCUCCAUCCCCUCUCCUGUCCCCCCCCAUGGCUGUCUGACCCCCAUCUGGCCGUAUGUCCCCAUGGUGGGGCUCUGUCUGUCCCCCCAGCCCGGUGCCCUGGCUCGUCCCCUCGCUGGGACUCACACAUUAUGGUGCUCUGACUCUGGAUUCACUAUUGUUUUCAAACUGCUGCUAAAGGCUGGGCUGGGGGGUCCUGCAGAGCCCUGGGCACCUCAGAACGCUGCAGCCCCCCCUGCAUGGGGACCCCCGUGUGCCCCCUCCUGGUGCAGCUUUGGGGCUGGGCAGGUCUGGCCACCGGAGCAUGCCAAGCUGGCCUUCGCGUGCCCCGGGGCCCGAGCACGGCGCUGUGGGCACCCAAAACCACGGGGGACCACCCCAAACUGCCUGAGGGGGGGCACGGCGAGCUGGGGCUGUGGGGGGGAGGCAGCCUGAGCCCCUUCCGCUGCAGGAGAGGCGCUGCAAUUUGGGGUCCAAGGGGUGCAGUGGGGCUGGGGGGGCUCAGAGCAUCCCCUGUGACCCCCCAAAGUCGGUGUCCUCACCCCCCGGUGUUUCUGCGUGUCCCCCCCGCAGGGGAACUGAGCCCUUGUGAGGUCUGUGUGUCCCGUGAGUGGGUUGUGGCUGCCCCUGUAAAUAAAACUGCAUCUUGA